AUGUCAGAAGAAGUGCCAACCAGGAAAGUGCCCUGCUUCUCCAAUAAUAAUCCUUGGGUCACCAGUGAUCUGAAGGCCAUCCUCAAUAGGAAAAAGAGGGCUUUUCGGGCAGGUGACAAGGAGGAGCUGAAGCAAGUGCAGAAAGAGCUGAAGGUGAGAGUUAGGGAGAGCAAGGUGGCUUAUGGGAGGAAAAUGGAGGACAGGCUGAUGGAGAGCAACGUGAGAGAAGUGUGGAAUGGCAUGAGGAAGAUCUCCGGAUACAAGUUGUCUGGCGGCCAACAGUGUUUUGAGUUUGUGGACAAACACAGGGCCGAUCUCAUUCAGAGGGUGAACCCAGUUGAACCCAUAGCGGAUGCACUGCUCUCAGAAAAGAUGAUCCAUCAGGAGAUCUACAACAGGGUCCUCACUGCUGGAACCCCUCAGGACAAAAUGAGAGAGCUGUAUAAAGUCCUGGAUUCUGGAGGAACAACAGUGAAAAACAAGUUCUACACAAUUCUGCAAAAGAACAGACAUAUUAUCAACGACUUGGCAACCAGUCACUAUUACUUUAACAGAACAGGGAGAGAAAACUCUCUUUGUAUUGUUGCAGCUUCUUCACCAGAAUGCCAACAGGCUCCAGGUUCUCAAACACAUGGUACAGGGUAUCUGCAGACAUUGAAAGACAAACAUAAGGAAGCUCUAAAGAGGAAGUUUGAGGUUGUGUCUGAGGGAAUUGCUAAGCCGGGAGAGAAGACCCUCCUCGAUGAUGUCUUUACACACGUGUGGAUAACUGAGGGCAGCUGUGUUGAGGUGAAUCAUGGACAUGAGGUCAUACAGGUAGAGACCAUCUCCAAAAGCAAAAAAUCAGAGAUCCGCUCCAUCAGGUGCAGAGAUAUUUUCAAGCAACUGCCAGGACAGACCAGACCCAUCAGGACUGUACUGAUGAAGGGAAUCGCUGGCAUCGGGAAAACAUUCUCUGUGGAGAAGUUCAUUCUCGACUGGGCUACUGGAAAAGACAACCAGGACUUUGACUUUAUAUUUUUUCUUCCAUUCCGUGAAUUAAACUUGAUCAAAUCAGAAAUGAGUUUACAGGAAUUGGUUCAGUGUUUCUGUCCAGAGAUAAAAUCCUCUGAUAAUGUUUUAGAUUGCUAUAAAGUUCUGUUCAUCUUUGAUGGUCUAGAUGAAAGCAGACAUCUUUUGAACUUUAAAACAAACCAGAGGUGGUCAGAUGUGAAAAAGCAAGCUUCAGUGGACGUGUUGUUAACAAACCUCAUCCAGGGAAACUUUCCUGUUGACACCUCCAUCUGGAUUACUUCCAGACCAGCUGCAGCAGGUUUGAUUCCUCCGGAGCUCAUCUGCAGGGUGACAGAGGUCCAGGGGUUUGAAGACCAGCAGAAGGAAGAGUACAUCAGAAAGAAGUGUAAGAACAGAGCUCUAGCAGACAGAAUUAUUUCACAUAUAAAGGCACUGAGGAGUCUUUACAUUUUGUGCUAUGUUCCUGUUUUCUGCUGGAUUGUAGUUACUGUUCUGGAGCACACAUUGGAAGAGAGCAGUGGGGAGAGUCCAACAACACUGACAGAUUUCUAUACAAAUUUUCUGCUUUUCUUACUGACAGAAAAGGAACAGAAGGAAAAUAAAGAAAAUGUCUUCAAAUCAAAUCAAGAAGCAAUUCUGAAGCUGGGAAAGCUGGCAUUUGAUAGUCUAGAGAAAAGCAUCAUUGUGUUCUAUGAAAAAGAUUUGAGAGAAUAUGGCAUUGAUCUCCACAACUCCUCCAUUUACUCAGGGGUGUGGAAGGAAAUAUUUAAACAAGAUAUAAUCUUAUUUCAGGAAAAGGUGUACUGCUUUUUACACCUUACUGUCCAGGAGUAUUUUGCAGCUCUGUAUGUUUUUGGUUCCUAUCAAAACAAUAAUAUUAACCCACUAAAGAAAAGGGUUCUGUGUGUUUCCUGGUUGAGAAGAAUAUCUCUAUUCAGUCUGAAUAAAGGUGCUCUAGAAAGAGCCAUCCAGAGCAGGACUGGUCACCUUGAUCUGUUUGUCAGAUUCCUCUUGGGAAUGGGAAUGAGCAACAACCAGGAGCAUCUGAAGGGAUUCCUGUCACGCACACAUCACUCCAGUGACAUCCAGAAAACAGCAGGAUUCAUCAAGAAGCUCAUUAGGGGAACUUCCUCUCCUGAAAGAUGCAUGAACCUUUUCCACUGCCUGAGUGAACUGAAGGACAAGUCUUUAAUGGAUGAGUUCAAUGUGACUCUGGAUAAAGUAAAACGUUCAGGACAAACACUCUCACCUUCCCAGUGUUCAGCACUUGCCUAUUUCUCACUGCUGUCUGAGAAAGAGAUUGAUGUCUUUGACAUGAGUAAAUAUGUUACAUCAGAGGAAUGUUUACGGAGAUUGCUACCUGUGGCAAAGAUAACAAAAACCCUUAGGAUGGAGAGCUGUGGACUAACAGAGAGAUGUUUUGAAGAUCUGGUCUCUGCUCUUCAGUCUCAACACUCCUGUGUGAGAGAGCUGGAUCUGAGUGUCGAUAACCUGGGGGAUUCAGGAGUGAAACUGUUGUUUGCAGCUCUGAGGGAUCCCAACUGUAAAUUAACAAUACUGAAGAUGCGGGACUGUGGACUGCCGGAGAGAUAUUGUGAAGAUCUGGCCUCUGUUUUUCAGUCUCAACAUUCCAGUCUGAGAGAGCUGGAGCUGAGUGAUAAUAAACUGGGGGAUUCAGGAGUGAAACUGCUAUCUGCAGCUCUGAGGGAUCCCAACUGUAAAUUAACAACACUGUGGAUGGAGAACUGUGGACUAACAGAGAGAUGUUUUGAAGAUCUGGUCUCUGUUCUUCAGUCUCAACACUCCAGUCUAAGAGAGCUGGAUCUGAGUGUCAAUAACCUGGGGGAUUCAGGAGUGAAACUGCUGUCUGCAGCUCUGAGGGAUCCCAACUGUAAAUUAACAACACUGAGGAUGGAGGUCUGUAGACUAACAGAGAGAUGCUGUGAAGAUCUGGCCUCUGCUCUUCAGUCUCAACACUCCCGUCUGAGAGAACUGAAUCUGAGUUACAAUAAUCUGGGGGAUUCAGGAACGAAACUGCUUUCUGCAGCUCUGAGGGAUCCCAACUGUAAAUUAACAACACUGAAGAUGAAGGACUGUAAACUAACAGAGAGAUGUUGUGAAGAUCUGGCCUCUGCUCUUCAGUCUCAACACUCCAGUCUGACAGUGCUGGAUCUGAGUGACAAUAACCUGGGGGAUUCAGGAGUGAAACUGCUGUCUGCAGCUCUGAGGGAUCCCAACUGUAAAUUAACAACACUGAGGUAAGUGAACACUGGUGAUUACUUUGUUUUUAUUGUUUUAUGAAGAUAUUCU